GACGCACUCGAUAAUAAUAUAACCAUAGUUGUAUAUCAGUGGUCUGCAACAAAACAGCUGGAGUUGAUUUAGACCAAGAUUACAAAAUACAACUUCGCAUUUUCUCAACUAAACAUUAAAGAAUAUAAAUAACAAUAUGCCUGUUGACUGGUUUGGUUAUGUAUACGCUGCCACAGUUGCCGCUGGCGGCAUUAUGGGCUAUGCUAAGGCUGGUUCUAUACCCUCACUGGGAGCCGGUCUUGCCUUCGGCGCACUCUUGGGUUAUGGCGCUCACAUGAACUCCCAGAAUCCACCUCGCCCUCUGUUGCAAUUGGGAACGUCUUUGUUAUUGGCUGGCAUUAUGGGAGCACGUUGGAAUCGUUCGGGAAAACUUAUGCCAGCUGGUGUUGUUUGCAUGCUUUCUGUGGCUGCUCUGGUCAAGAAUUUGGUACAAAAUAAUCGCUACUUGUUGCCAGUGCCUACCAAAGGUACUUAAAAAACGAAAUAUGGAGAAAGUCUGGAUUGCUUAUUAACUUGCCGGAAUAUUCUAAUAGGAUUUAAGAAUAUGUUCUCUCUAUCUUUUUUUGAGAGUCUAAAUGGUAUGUGGGACUUACUAUUAUUACAAAUAAAAUGAGCAAUGCUCUAACGAUAAGAUAA